GCGCGCGGCGGCGGCAGCGGGAGGAGCGCGAGAGCUGAGCGCCGGAGUCGCGAUGGCCGCCUACCGCCUCGUGCUCGUCCGCCACGGCGAGAGCGCCUGGAACCUGGAGAACCGCUUCUGCGGGUGGUACGACGCCGACCUCAGCCCCGCCGGGCAGCAGGAGGCGCGCCGCGGCGGAGAGGCCCUGCGAGACGCCGGCUAUGAGUUCGAUAUCUGCUUCACGUCGGUGCAGAAGAGGGCCAUCCGCACCCUCUGGAACGUGCUGGACGCCAUCGACCAGAUGUGGCUGCCCGUGGUACGGACGUGGCGCCUCAACGAGCGGCACUACGGGGCCCUCACCGGCCUCAACAAGGCUGAGACGGCCGCCAAGCACGGCGAGGCUCAGGUGAAGAUCUGGAGGCGCUCCUUCGACAUCCCCCCGCCGCCCAUGCAGUCGGACCACCCCUUCUUCAGCACCAUCAGCAAGGAUCGUCGCUACGCUGACCUGACGGAGGACCAGCUGCCUACAUGUGAGAGCCUGAAGGACACCAUCGCCCGGGCCCUGCCCUUCUGGAAUGAGGAAAUAGUCCCGCAGAUCAAAGAGGGCAAGAGAGUCCUUAUCGCGGCCCAUGGCAACAGCUUGCGGGGGAUUGUCAAGCAUUUGGAAGGCAUGUCAGAAGAGGCCAUCAUGGAACUGAACCUGCCCACCGGUAUCCCAAUCGUGUAUGAAUUGGACAAGAACCUGAAGCCCAUCAAGCCCAUGCAGUUCCUAGGAGAUGAGGAGACGGUGCGCAAGGCCAUGGAGGCUGUCGCUGCUCAGGGCAAAGUCAAGAAAUGAGGCAGGCACGCAGACUAGCAAGUAGAUGAGUCCCCUCCGUCCCCACCCCUCUGUGCACACCCCACAGCUGUAGGAACUUGGAGCUGCAGAGCUGGAGCAGGGAGCAGCUCCCCAGGACUAGGUCCCUUCCCUCUGCCCCAGGCUCACCUCUGCAGGCAGCCUGGGAGCUGGGGGAUGAGGGGCUGUGUGCACAGGGGUCUGGUGUGAAAGGGAGUCUUUGCUCUGCCAGGCAGCAACUGCAGCCCUAUGUUCUGUGUUCCCAGCCCUUGGGGGGAUGCUCUCAAGCAAUCUUAUGCCAUGCCUGGCUUCUCUUGCUUCCCUGGCAGCUCUUGUUAAUGUUACUGUAGUUCUGUUGCUUGGUUUAGUUAUUCCAGGAGCACAACGGGAGCAGUGGGACAGGGGCAGGAGGGGACAGUGACUAAGAUGGGUGCCCAGUCCCCUCGUGGCUGUGCGGCACAAAGACUAGGAUGCUUAGACACCAAACGGGUUGUACUGUGGUGCAUGCUCUUGUGUGUGGUACAGCACCCGGUAGUAGUACUUGCAAACCCUGACCCAGCUCUACCAGCCAAUGCUUUAACUUAUUGUUUUUGGACAAAGGAAGGAGCGUGUUGUCUGGGAAUUUGUAUUUGCCAUGUGCUUCCUACAGCCAAAGCCAACCCUAGUCCUGCCUCACAGAGGUGGUGUAGAUGCCAUUGUGCCCCCACCCCACAAACGUGUACUUGGCACUGUCACUGUAGCCUCCCCUACUGCUGCUGUAGUGAGCCUGGGCUUGCACUGGGUCAAUCUAACUGUCUAGCGUUAGCAGUUGUCUUGUUCCAGUUCAAUAAAAGAUUAAUAUGCAAUAA